UUAACUUCCUCAGUCUGUUCUCUUGCUCCGUGGGAUGAGGAAACAGAACAAGGGUGAGUUGGGAGACAACUGGAAGCUCAUUCUUGAACAGACCAGCAGUGCUGUGGAGCAGCACCUCUAUCUUGGGAUCCAGACAUUCUUCUACUUCCUUUCUUUGGAUCCACUUCAUUCCCCCACGGCCGCUCCUUCCUCUCCCCUGCCUAUUUCCACCACUCCAGGGCUGGGGAUUCUGACGGUGACCUUUACGGACACCUUCCACAGUGGAGCGGUUCCUUGUCUGGACGAUGUGGUGAUACCCCUGUCCUGGUGUGAGGACUCAGCAGCUCUGCAGAGGGAGAGCCCCACAGAAAUGGUCCUGGCACUCCCGCACCUAGACCCUGGGGUAGCCCACACAAUGCAGCCCUCCCAGGAUGAUGAGUUCCAGAAGCAGUACCUGGACUUGCUGCAGAUGAAGAAUGAACUAGAAGAAACCUGUAAGAAGAAGGAUGAGCUUCUCCGUGAUGCACAAAGAGCCUUAGCAGAGGAGCAGGACAAAAGAGAGACAGUGGAGAGAGAAAAGCAGCUUCUUGAGAAAAACUGUGAAGAUCUGCAGCAAAAGUUAAUGCUUUUAGAAAUAACUCUCAAGGAAACCAGGAUCCAAUUGAAAAAGGAGAGGAAAGAGAGAGAAGACCUUCAGAGAGAGCAGGAUGAGAGGAUUCGGAGGCUUGAGGCCCAAAUGAACAUUAUCACUGCAAAUAAGCAAAAUGCUAAAAAUUACUGCAUUUCAAAGACAACGGCAAAUGAUAGCGAAGAAUACAGUUCAGAGACUUCAUGGUGGUCUAAAAUUUGCAAGCUGAUACAAGAGUUGUAUUUCCUAAUUACCAAGUUUUUCUGUUGUGGAUAAUUUCAGGCUGGUUUUUCCUUGAAGUCUUGGAUUUCCUGAAUCCCUGAAACUGGGUUGUGUGGCCCUCCUUUGUACUCGCAUUGCACCUGCAGCAUGAUUUUGAAAAUUUACAUUACCCAUUUACUCUGUCUCACUGGUGAUGCCUUGCUACCAAGGACUAGUUUAUCUUUGUCACUGUAAUCUUAGCUCCUACUUCUAUGUCCAGCACUCGAUCAGGAGGUGGAAAAUGUUGGCUGAAUAAAGUUUCCCACUUUCUAUA